CGGUUUUAAUUUCAAUUGCAGCGAAAUAUCGGCUUGGACAUGCAUGUUUACCAAGACUAAAUGCGAGAAAGGCUUUUACUACGUUUGUUGCAGUUUUUCAAAGAAGCUUUAAAACCGAAAGAAACUUAAAGAAAGAUGAAUUAUUAAAUUUUCUCAAAUCAAAAUUUGAUUAUCAUGAACAAAUUGUAAAGGAAGUUGUUAAAGACUAUUUUAUGAAAGAGAAGAUGUCCGAUAUUACGAAAAGAAGAAAAUCCCUUAUACUGUCACAGAAGGUUUAUCAGUAUAUUCUAAUCACUUAUGGUAAUAAAUCUGAGUUGACUUUAAUGUGUUUUGAUGAUAUUCUUACAUUAAGAAUAUUUAUAGAUAUUGAACACGAGUCUGAAUUGUCAGAAUACACAUAUAAUUCUAUUAAAUCGACUUUUGAUUUAUAUAGCAAAGCAAAUGUGCCAUAUAACCCAGCACAAUUAGAUUUGUUAAAACAAGCAACAGGUUUAGAAAUUAUUCGACCUUUUUUUGAUAACUUUCUUCCUACUGUCAUUGGAUUUAAAAAAAAAUCUAGUAAGAAGAGAAAAAAGUUGGAUAAUUUAGCAUUAUCUUGGAUGGUAAAGCUUGAACACAUUAAUUCUCAGAAUUACCGAGGAUUAUCCGCUACUUUUAAAGAACUUUUUAUGAAUUUUUAUAGGAUGCACUUCUUGUAA